ACGAUGGUCAAAGUCAGUCCACACGGAGAGCUCGAGUCGAGUAGAGGCUAGUCCAGGUCAGCUGGCCGGAGAUCCAUCGAUCCGUCGAUCCCCGGCUCACCUGUCAAACGCGUACACGCACCGUCGUAUUUCUCACGGACUCUUCGGUGAUCGUUCUUGGAAAAUUCUCGUACGACCCGUUACCCGACCCGGAACAUCCUUACGCCGGGCCCUCCCAUUUUCGGCCCUCGGUCGCGUGCACGAGAUCGCGACGAGUCAGUGAAAGAGAGACAGAAAGCGAAAGAAAGAGAGAGAGAAAGAAGAGAGAGGGAGAGGGAUCGGACUUUGUCUCUUCCGUAGUACCUAUCAGUGAGAGGAUUCUUCGUCGAGCUAUCGUCGGGAACAUGAGAGCAUAGAGGAUCGAAGAGCAGUUUCAGUGCUACGGUGAAGGCUAUAGAUACAAAGAGGUGUGCAAUCGCGGUCCAAGAAUGACAGUACUAAGGAUGACCUCCCCGGUGACGCCUCCAUCGAGCAGCCCAGGUUCCAACGAGGCCCAGGCGCCCCAGGCGACUUCGAAACCGGUGCAUCGAUUGAGCUUCUCCGUCGCAGCUUUGCUGGCCGACACCAAGAAGUCGGAUUCCUCCAGACAGGAGACCUCCUCGGUGUCACCCAGGUCAUCGCCGCUCGCAUCUUACUCCCCGGUGAGACACGACCAACUGUCAGUCACGACUACCUCCACGCUGCACAAGUAUCCGACCGACUACCGAUGCAGAUACCUGUCAGUGUCCCCCGUCUUCCAGGACCACGCGCCGACCCAGUACACCUGCGACGCGUCCAGAAGCUCCCUGGACGCGCGAAACUUAACCAGGUUCCCGAAAAUCGAGGUUGACAGGGUGGAAUCCCCCAAUCAACGUUCCAGAACCCUGGACUACGUGGUCCAAACGUCCACCGAGGCUGGGUCCACGUCCGAAGUGGUAGCCUGUUCCUCGUCGCCCAAGAUCUCGACAGCCAGUCACGCGGAAUUCGGAUCUCAGUCGCCGAGGAGCAGCUCGCACGAGGCCAGGUCCAGGUGCUCGGAGCCGGAAGACAUCGACGAGGAAGACGAGAACAGUCUAGUGGACGUGGAAGACCUGCAGCAUCAGCACCAGGGCAGCAGUCCCACGCCGGUCAGACCCACGCCGGCCUACAUCGGCGGAUUUUCCAGUCUGGGCAGCAUCUCCGGCAUCCCGGCCGGGCUGCACCCCGCGGUCUGGGGCGGCGGGCACCAGGGUGCAGCCGCAGCCGCAGCCGCGGCCGCCGCUGCGGCCACCGCGAGCUUCUUCCCCUCGCACUUCUCUCAUCACGCGCCUCUGAACGAGAACGGAGAACCGGCCAAGAUCAAGUGCAACCUGAGGAAACACAAGCCGAACCGGAAGCCGAGGACGCCUUUCACCACGCAACAAUUGCUAGCUCUCGAGAAGAAGUUCACCGAAAGGCAAUACCUCAGCGUGGCGGAGAGGGCAGAGUUCUCGUCCUCUCUUCAUCUCACGGAGACCCAGGUGAAGAUCUGGUUUCAAAAUCGUCGCGCGAAAGCGAAGCGCAUGCAAGAAGCGGAGAUCGAGAAAUUGCGGAUGUCGGCGGUCAGGCAGCACCACACGACCCUCUACGGCUCUCAUCCGGGCCUCUUGGCACCGGCCAGCCUGUAUCCCGUCGGGAUGCUGUCUCACCCGGGUCUCACGCCGCAUCAUCCCAUCUCUCAGCACCCGUCCAGGGAAUGAGAACAGCGAGAGCAGCCGGAUAAUCGUCACGACCGGUAGUGAACCGACCUGCCCUACGAACUGCCAUUCUCCCGCGAAUUCGCUGUCACGGGUCAGCCGUGACCCACGGGAUCCGCGGUGAAAUUGGAAGAACACGGAGAUUUGCGAGUUGCAAAGAGUCGAGAGAAGAAGUCACGGUAAUCGGAGCAGAGUGCGUUUAUUGACCGUGAAAAGAGGGAAAUACGCCAAGUGCAGACUCGAGAAACGCGUCACUGGGUUUGGUUACCCAGAGUGCAUCGUGCGGAGGUGCCUGAGGACGCGGGUACCUGCGAUACGCUUGCGAGGAGUCUGACCAAAGUGGAACGCGUUUUGCGAGCAAAAGAGGCUGGAUUUUGUAAGAACUUUGGACUCCAGCCUUCGAAUCGAACUGUCGCGUCGUUAACGACUGAAACUCGUCCGGCGAGAGGCGAGGGACGAAGCCAAAAGAACGAGGAGGUCGCUUCCAUGGGGAGCCAUGGUGUAUCGUGAAUCUGUGCCAAUAUCAGACACGCUGUUGCUCCGCGUGUCAUGUACAUAGAGUGUAAAUAAUCGUCGUUCUCGAGUUGAAAGUUCACGUAGUCCUGUAAAUACCGAUUAGCUUGUCCUCCAGGGAUCGGUGGAUCGAAGCUGCCGAGUCUGUUUUCCAAUUUUGUAUAAAUGUAAAACCGUC